AAUCACGCGCGUCCCUCUGGCGCUGGAGCCAGGACCUGGCGUUGGGCAGUACUUGGACAGCGGUUCUUGAGCUCUCGCCGUUGCCGGUAGAUUGUUGCCAGUUGCCAGUUGUUUUUCGGAAAGCUGGCAGCGGCUUUUUCACCGGGUUCUGCUUGAGGCCGAGCCAAAGAGUGGCUGUGAGUCGGGAGACGGAGUGGAACACCCGGCUGGGCAGGCCCGGACAGCUCCCGCGACCCAGCACCGCAGGAUCAGACCGUGCCUCUGCGGGGAGAGGCUGGAGAGGUGCGGGGAGAGGCUGGAGAGGAAGAGUCCGGCCUGGGAGCCGUCAGAGCAGCCCUGCAGAACGGGGUGGGGGCUGCUGUAGAUAGAGCCUUACGCCCAGAGAACUGCUGGGAGGCUGUGGCGCGAGGCGGGACUCAAAUGCUGGAGGAAGGAGGUGAGGAGUGAUGGAGGGAGCGAUUGUCAAGAGAUCCGCUGCUGCUUCGUUUGCCCACGACUGCCGCUGUGUGAGCCGAAUCAGAACUCUCUUUAUCUCUCCUACAGUUAGUUGGAGACAAUCAUUUUUAAUUUCUUUGCCCAUGACACAGCCCCAGGAGAUCCUGAGAACAUGUGCCCCUACAGUCCUUUUUUGAGUAAAGAAUUCGGCGGUCAAAAAAGUUUGAGGACCUCAGACCUGCGUGAUUUCUGAGUAUUGUACCACGUACCCCAGUCUGCCCAGAUGGACCAAUGACAGUGGAGAGUAGGGAGAAGUGGGUUCCUGAGGACUCCUCUGUCACUUUUCUCCUUCUAGCCCUUCUCUAAGCAGCCAGGAAUGCCUGGAAGCCCGGGAAAGUUUGGGGGCAGGCCAGCCCAGUAGGAUUGUGAAGUUGUGGAGGACAGGGGAAUUUGCAGUUAGAAGGCACAGGUUCUUGUGAAAGCUGUGAGGUACCAGCCAGGUCUCUUAACCUGUAUUUCUCCAUGGAAGAAAGGACAAAAUAAUGUUAACUACUUUGUUUACCUCUGAGAAUUGUAAUUCUCAAAUGAAAUAACACUUUUGAAAGCACCCUGAAUGUGGUACAGAACAAAUGUGUAAGCAGGCAACCUCUUUUAAGUCUUAAUCACCAACACCUCUGCUGUUCACCCCUAGAUCAACUGUAUUUGGUCUUUUACUCUACAAGUGCAAUUUUACAUCCAGAAUUUGGUGCUGUCCCCAAGAUCAAGAGAUGAGAAAAAUGAGACUUAGAGAGGUUACGUGAUUUGCACACUGCUGCUGAGUGGUGGAUCAUGGAUACUUGAGAGUCUGUGAACACUCUAAUGCCUCCCUACAUCUGAUACUGCCUUCCCCAGACCCUGCCCUUCCCCAAGAGGAAAACACAGGAGAGGAAGGAAUGGCUGCUGGUCUCCUCACAGCUGGGCCCCGGGGAUCCACAUUCUUCAGCAGUGUGACGGUAGCUUUUGCACAGGGAGGGUGGAGGUGCCUCGUGUCUACUCCACGGGAGAGGUUCAAGGAGGGGAUACCAGGAAAGUCCAGGAGCCUUGUCCUACUAGGACUUCCAGUUUCCCAGCCUGGCAUGAACUCCCAGUUGGAACAAAGGGAAGGCGCAUGGAUGCUGGAGGGCGAAGACCUGCGAAGUCCCUCUCCAGGCUGGAAGAUUAUAUCUGGAUCACCACCGGAGCAAGCCCUUUCUGUAGCUUCAUUCCAAGACCCAUGUGUAGAGAUGCCCCCUGGGGAUUCAGACCACGGGACCAGUGACCUUGAGAAGAGCUUCAAUCUGAGACCAGUCCUCUCUCCGCAACAGAGAGUGCCCGUGGAAGCGAGACCUCGCAAAUGUGAGACACACACUAAGAGCUUCAAGAACUCGGAAAUCCUGCAACCUCACAGAGCAAAACCAUAUGCAUGUAAUGAAUGUGGCAAAGCCUUCAGUUACUGUUCUUCCCUUUCUCAGCAUCAGAAGAGCCACACUGGAGAGAAGCCCUAUGAGUGCAGUGAAUGUGGGAAGGCCUUCAGCCAGAGCUCAUCUCUCAUUCAGCACCAGAGGAUUCACACUGGAGAGAAGCCUUACAAGUGCAGUGAAUGUGGAAGAGCCUUCAGCCAGAACGCCAACCUCACCAAACACCAGCGAACCCACACCGGAGAGAAGCCCUACAGAUGCAGCGAGUGUGAGAAAGCCUUCAGUGACUGCUCAGCUCUUGUUCAGCAUCAGAGAAUUCAUACCGGAGAGAAGCCCUACGAAUGCAGCGACUGUGGGAAGGCCUUCCGUCACAGUGCAAACCUCACGAACCAUCAGAGGACUCACACCGGGGAGAAGCCCUACAAGUGCAGCGAGUGUGGGAAGGCCUUCAGUUACUGCGCAGCGUUCAUUCAGCACCAGAGGAUUCACACCGGGGAGAAGCCCUACAGAUGUGCCGCGUGUGGGAAGGCCUUCAGCCAGAGUGCAAACCUCACAAACCAUCAGAGGACUCACACUGGGGAGAAACCCUACAAGUGCAGCGAGUGUGGGAAGGCCUUCAGCCAGAGUACCAAUCUCAUAAUCCACCAAAAGACCCACACCGGGGAGAAGCCAUAUAAAUGUAAUGAAUGUGGGAAAUUCUUCAGUGAGAGCUCAGCCCUCAUUCGGCAUCACAUAAUCCACACCGGAGAAAAACCUUAUGAGUGUAAUGAGUGUGGUAAAGCGUUUAACCAGAGCUCAUCCCUUAGUCAGCAUCAGAGAAUCCACACAGGCGUGAAACCCUACGAAUGCAGCGAGUGUGGGAAGGCCUUCCGGUGCAGCUCUGCCUUCGUUAGACAUCAGAGACUCCACGCCGGAGAGUAACUAGGAACAUGGUAGAAGUGGAGAGAGUCCCUGACAUGCCGACUCAGGACAGAUGGGUGAGGAUCUGAGAAAUGCUAAAGGCUUGAAAGCAUCUGAAGACAUCUAACUUAGAGUCUGCAGCCCAGAGCCACAUGCAAAACACCUUCAAUAAACAGCCACUAUUUCA